UUCACGAGUCCACACUGAAAAAUCUUGACUGGUGAAGGAAUUCAACUCCUCGUCCUCGUCCUCGUCCAAGCUGCUGCUACAAAAAUGGCUUCGUUCUCCGGCAGAUUUCUCGUGAUUGUCGUUUCUAUUCUCUGAGGAGCUUUUGACGAUUGAUUUUCUUCUGAGCAUCGCGUUGCGGUUUUGUUGUUCGACUGAGAAAAAAGGCUUUUUCACAAAAUGGAUGGUUUGGAAAAGGUUGAUGUACACAGUUCAGAUUCCCGCUAUUACUCAUCCAAUAAUGGUUCGUUGUCGGGGAGGCAGAAUACACCCAUGCCAUUUUCUUUGAAUGAUGGUUUGAAUUCCUUCGAGCACAAGAACAAUGUUGGUGGUUCUCUAGAUCGUUUGAGAAGUGAAAGGCAAACAUCCCCGGUACAAAUGUCUGGUUCAUUGUAUGUCAACACUGUUGAUGAGGUUGUCUUCGAGCCACCCCAAAAUGUUUCACAGUCGAAAUCUACAAAUGGCAAACAAAUACAUCCUUUCAUUCACAGCACAGAUGAAUAUGACGGCACAUCUGAUAUUAGAGACGAGCAUCUCAUGAAAUCUAGGCAGCUUCGAAUGUGUGAUGAUCCGUAUUGCAUGACAUGUCCAUCGUACGACCGUCCUAACUCGCACCAGAAGCUUUUGUUUACUGAAUUAGGCGAUCUUAAAGUACUUAAGAAGUUCCAAUCUGCUGCCGAGGCUAAAAAUUGUUGGCAGAGAAUAUGUUCUUUCUUGAAAUCUUGUAUCCCAAGAGUCAUGAAUCCUCACACAAAAGUUGUUCAGCAUUGGAACAAGUUCUUUGUAAUCUCUUGUUUGUUUGCAAUAUUUUUGGACCCAUUAUUCUUCUUGCUUCUCAAUGUGGACAAGGCACAAAAUUGCAUAAGAUUGAAUUGGCCCAUGGCGAUCGUACUUGUGCUCAUGAGGAGCAUAACUGACUUCAUUUACUUGCUUCAUAUCCUCCUUCAGUUUAGGUUGGCUUACAUUGCUCCCGAGUCUCGAGUUGUUGGAGCUGGAGAAUUAAUCGAUGAUCCCAAAAAGAUUGCUGUAAAUUAUCUAUCUCGAUAUUUUAUCUUUGAUUUCUUUGCUGCACUUCCUCUUCCCCAGAUCAUUAUCUUCGGGGCACUGCAACCCUCCUCGUUUGGAUCUGGUGCUAAUGAUGCAAAAAAUUUUCUCCGAGCAGCAAUUCUUUUUCAGUACAUUCCGCGGCUAUUCAGAUUUAUACCAUUGCUGGCUGGCCAGUCUCCAACUGGUUUUGUAUUCGAGUCGGCUUGGGCAAAUUUUGUGAUAAAUCUUCUUACAUAUAUGCUGGCUAGCCAUGUGGUAGGAUCAUGCUGGUAUCUUUUUGGGCUACAGAGGGUGAAUCAGUGCUUUCGAAAUGCUUGCCAUCAAUCCAACAUUACGAUGUGUAUACAGCUCAUCGACUGCAAGGACGGCCCCAAUGAUGCAGGAAUUCGAAACCAGUGGAAGAACAAUGAAAAUGCCAUUGGUUGCUUAGAUGGACGCUAUUCUUUUUCAUAUGGAAUUUAUCAAAAUGCCGUCAACUUGACAGCCGAACAAAGCUUGUUGACGCGGUAUAUAUACUCCUUCUUUUGGGGGUUUCAGCAAAUUAGCACUUUGGCCGGGAACCAGACCCCGAGUUAUUUCGUAUGGGAAGUUCUUUUCACUAUGGCCAUAUUAGGGAUUGGGCUUUUGCUUUUCGCUCUUUUGAUAGGAAAUAUUCAAAACUUUCUUCAAGCUCUCGGGCGUAGGAGACUAGAGAUGACUUUAAGGCGCCGUGACGUUGAACGAUGGAUGAAACAUCGUCGACUGCCUGAAGAGCUAAGAAGACAAGUUCGAGAAUCUGAGCGUUUUGCUUGGGUUGCAACUAGAGGCGUCAAUGAAGAAAUAUUAAUGGAAAAUUUGCCCGAAGACCUUCAAAGAGAUAUACGCCGUCAUCUCUUCAAAUUUGUUAAGAAAGUGAGGAUUUUCCAAUUCUUGGAUGAGCCCGUCAUAGACGCCAUAUGCAAUAGGCUAAAAACAAAAACGUACGUCAAAGGAAGCAGAAUUAUAUUCCCCGGUGGUCUUGUUGAUAAAAUGGUUUUCAUAAUCCGCGGCAAGAUGGAGACCGUUGAAGAAAAUGUCAUUGUUCCUUUGUCCGAAGGAGAUGUUUGUGGAGAAGAGCUUCUUACAUGGUUCCUCGAGCAUUCUUCAACGAGUAAAAGUACAAAUGGAAAAAGAAUUGGACUUCCCCGACAUCGGUUGUUGAGCAAUAGGACAAUAAAAUGUUUAGCUCAUGUUGAAGCUUUCAUUCUUCGAGCUGCGGAUCUUGAAGAAGUUAUUAGUCUUUAUGCUCGAUUCUUGAGGAAUCCACGCGUUCAAGGGGCGAUAAGGUACGAAUCACCGUAUUGGCGAGGUCUUGCAGCUAGACGUAUUCAAGUUGCGUGGAGGUAUCGAAAGUGGCGACUUUCUCAUCAACAUUUCCCUUCGCGUACAUGGUGAUUAAUCUAAUUUGGCCGUGGAAUUAUUUCUUUCCGCCGAAACAUUCCAAUGUAAGAACUCUUGUAUAUAUACAUAUAUAUACAAUAUUGAGAGUAUUUCAAGUUGCGAAAACAUUAUCUAUUGCCCUCUUAUCCAUUUUCGAACGUACGUUGACAUUGAGUGGCUAUUUAUUCGACGUUUGA